AUGCCUGCCUUCAUGGUCACCCUCAAGGAAUCCGCUCCCAAGGAGGAGCUCGACAACGCAAAGCAGCACGUUAUCGAUCAGGGCGGCAAGAUCACCAACGAGUUCACUCUUAUCAAGGGCUUCAGGUACGCGUCUCUAUACCCAAACUUCCCCGCAGUAAUAAUGACACACGGCAGCGCCGAGAUCCCCGAAGGCGUGGUCACCACCCUCUCGUCCAACGAGCACGUCAACGUCGAGGCGGACGGAGAGAUGAAAACACAAUAG